UCGGCGCACAGUUUGUGCUUUCAAGGUCAGAUCAAGUUUGUUGUGAAGUCUUGAUAACUACGAUGAAGGUUAUUGGCAGGGAGCUGAAUAAAAACUCAUCUGGAUAUAUUACGCUUAUUGCAGAAAAUGAGGAGGACAUGUGGUUAACGUACAACUUAGUCCAGGUUGGAGAUAAAAUGAGAUGUUCUACGGUCAGAAAGGUCCAGAAUGAAUCUGCAACCGGUAGCGUGCAGACGAAGCAAGUGAGAACCAACCUAACAAUAGAGGUAGAAAAAAUUGACUUCGAUUUGCAGGGUUCAGUACUUCACUUGAAAGGCCGCAAUGUGGUAGAAAAUCAGUUUGUCAAAAUGGGCGCCUACCACACAUUAGACCUUAGAAUCGAUGAAAAGUUUACUAUCACUAAAACAGAAUGGGAUAGUGUUGCAAUUAUGCUUGUCGAACAGGCAUCUGACCCAACACAACAAGCUGAUCUUGCUGCAGUUAUCAUGCAUGAAGGCCUGGCUUAUGUUUGUUUGAUAACAAGUACAACAACUAUUGUUCGUGCGAAGAUUGAUACUACAAUUCCACGCAAACGUCCAGGUUUACCUACUGCUCAGCACGAAAAGGGUCUGUCACGCUUUUUUGAACAAAUAAUGCAAGCACUAGAGCGUCACAUUCGUUUCGACAUCGUCAAGUGUAUCAUAUUAGCCAGUCCUGGAUUUCUACGUGAACAAUUUUUUGAAUUUAUGAUCCAGACAGCAACAAGACAAGAGAAACGUGUAUUCUUAGAAAAUAAAUCAAAAUUUAUGCUUGUUCAUUCUUCAUCCGGUCAUAAACAUGCAUUGAAAGAAGUACUCACAGAUAGUGUUGUUAUGAGUAAACUAGUUAAUACAAAAGCAACAUCUGAAGUUACGGCAUUAAAUGACUUUUAUCAAAUGCUUAAAACAGAUCAAUCACGUGCCUUCUAUGGGUAUGCUGUAUUGUAUAAACAUUUUCUAAACUUCAUUUAUAAAUUAGUGAUAAUACAAUAUUCCCUUUUAUUUGUAGUAUAUAAUGAUCAGCCAGUCAGUCGAUUGUAGAUAACAUAAGACAACCCCAGUAUAAAUAUGUCCUUUACCUCGUAUUACCACAUUUGGAAGUGUUUUUUUAGAUAUCAGAAAGAUUCUGACAUGUAUACACUUUAAAUUUCUCAUAGUAAUUGAGUCGUUGUGUUCACUAAUCUUCCUGUUAGGAAUCAUUAGUGUGUUUAUAUUUUGUAGAACAUAGUCGUAUGAUUUAUGUAUAAGGAAGAGAAUUUUAAGGCAACUUUUAAAGUCUUCACAACCAGUUUAGUUUCAUAAAUUGUUUUGUCACAGGAAGAUCAUUUGUCUUCUUGAAAAUGCACAGUUGUGAUAUUAUUGAUUAAAGCACUUGAUUUCUUUAGGUCUCAAGUUUGAACUUCACUUUAUAAUACCUUGAUCUAUACAGCUGAGUAAUAUUACUAGCAUUCAUAUAAGUAAAAUUUAACUCGACUCUGAGUAAAUAAACUUGUCCUUGGUAAGUAAAUUAUAUCAAUGCUAGUUGACAUCCCGCUUAUAUUUUGUCGGACAUCUAUUUCAUGUUAAUAUCAUAAAGAAUUUCCCUUGCACUUGAAAUGCGUACAUCGAUAUUCCAUUGUAGAUGUGAAUUGUACAUAGUUAUAUGGACCAAUUACUUACUUACGCCUGUUACUCCUCGUGGAGGAGCAUAUGCCGCCUAUCAGCACUCUCCAUCCAACCAUGUCCUGAGAAAUAUAUGAACCAGUAUUUAUCUUGAACUAAUAAAGGUCAAUAAAGUCACAAAUUGAGAAAGUUACUGUCUGUAAUUUAAUCUCAAUAUCUAAAAUUAUUAGCACACCUAUAUCUCUGUAAACAACUUCAACACCGUGAAAUAUUAUUUAGUAAUUCUCUGGUUAGAUGUGACAUCGCAUUGUCAAAAGGGUGAAAUCAAGUCUGCGAAAAUCGAUUAGUAUGAUAUCGCAAAUAUGAGUCCAUAUAGCAAGUUAUUGACCGAAUGGUGUGUAAUACUCAGUCAAAUUACAUUAAUCUGAAUUAAUCCGGCCGAAAUAAAUCAUACGGAAUGUAGUGUAUACAUAUGCCACUUUGGUUUAUUUCUGAGGUCGAAUAAAUCCUUAGCACCAGUCUUUGUUUUUCACUAAACGUCAUAGGAUUUGGGAUGUCAGUGUAUCAAGCCUAAACCAGUUGAACACUGAGAGUAUUACAGUCCUGAAUAUAACAAAAGGGAUUCAGUUAUGCUCUAGUCAUGUUAAAACUUGACAGUAUUAUCCAUCAAAAUAGGGUCAAUAACAUUAUCAAGAUAACCAUGCAAAAAUGCCCAUUUCAUAACAAAUUCAUAUUACUUCAAUCAGUAAGUCAAAUAUUUGAGACUAACAAAACAGAGUCUGACUACUUCAAUGAUCGUAUGAUUAUUUCCAUUGUCAUAAACUGUCAUCAGUUAGUAAACCAUUCAAAAUCACUGACCAUAUAAAAUCUGUUUCAUCCUAGUGUAGAGCUACUCAGUAAUGCACAUCCAUACAGGAUUUAGUCACAGUGUGAUGUGUGCUAUUGAUGUCGACAGAUAUAAGUAGUAUAUAUCAUCAAUUGAAAGUAAAAUGCCUGAAGGCAGAAGGUUAAAAAGAUCAGAAAAAGAGAACAAGAACAGAGAAUAACUGGUGUGGAAAAGGGACAACAAAGUCUGAGACAAUUGGUGGAUAUUCUGCAAAGGAAGUAUUUACUGUAUGGUUCUCAGAUUUUACUAAGAAAUUUAGUAACGUGUUAAAAUACAUUUGGUUGUCCCAGCUAUUGUUCACGUUCACUGUUAUAGGACCUUCAAGUCUUGUAGAGAGCACGACACAUUUAAAUGACUGAGUUGGUAUCCAGUAAUCCAUAUUUUUUAAUUAAGUGAAUAUAUGUAUGCUUUGGAGCAAUCCUCACUUCAUAGUAACCUUAACGAUAUAAUUCAAUGAGCACUGAGAUCUAGAAAAACUUGACGUUGGCCACCACUCGGUGGUCAAGCAAUAUAUCUCAGUUCUACGAAAGGCCAAUCGUGCCCUGAAUAGUUCAGUAGUAAUGUACCAGACUAUGAAUUUGGGUAACUCUGGUUAGAAUCUCACGGUGAGCAUCAGUGCUUAAAGACCUAACGAGUUCCAACCAACAGAAACUUUAGGUCAUGGAUUUCCUCUCGACUACCUCUAACUAUCUAUGACGUACAGGAAAUACAAAUUUCUACAGGGCAACUAGGUUAAUAACCAGUAAUCGUUUGCUCAUUGGUGACCAAUCACCGAGACUAACCCUGUUUAGGUCCUGGUAGGAGUCUAUGACCUGAGUUGGCUAUUUCGAAAGUGAUAGCUACCGUCUCUAAACUAUAUAUUUUUAAAAUCUUUAGAAAAUACCCUUAGGAACUUGUUGAUACCUUGCUUGUUGGUGUUAUGUCCCGACAAGAAUAGUGAAUGGUAACUUUUGGGACCCAUUUGUGGACCAAUACUAUACGUAUAUUUUUAUCGUAUAAUUGUUAAUUAACUAAAGUACUCAUAUCCAUGUCUCUCUUAUCAUAAGCUUUAUUUUAAUGUAUGAACUGUUAUUAUACGAUUUUGCAUUCUUGAAUUAUUCCCUGUUUAUUAAUCACUGCCUCUCACAUUCACAGCCACAUUUGGCCAAAUUUUGUACAAAUGUUAUUUUCUAUUUUAUGGUACGUUGUGGUCUGUUUGGUUGGUAUAUAAACUCAGUACGUUUGGAAUAUAAUAAUUCAUAUCGCAGAGGCUCGGAUUGGUGUUCUGGACUUAACUGGCUGGGCUAGGUGGAAAGCAGGACCAAUCAAGACUCUAGACUGCUCGCACGUGUAUACACGUCAUUGGUCCGAUCAAUAAGUCACUGUCCUCUAAUCGGCGGUCACAAGUUAUAACAGUUGGAUAAACAAUAUUCGUAGUAGUAACUAUCUUACAUUUGUUUUUCUCAGUUAAUUCAUUCAAUCUUUUUUAUUCAUUUUACUUAUCUAAUUCAAACGUAAAUUCAGUUACAAACAUGUUAAGACGGCUGCUGAUGCAUGCGCUAUUGAUACACUACUGAUAACUGAUGCAUUAUUCCGUUCACGUAAUUUAGAAGAAAGAAAACAAUAUGUGGAGUUAGUUGACCAAGUUAAAGAUAAUCAAGGCAUUGUACGCAUAUUUUCAAGCCUACAUGUUUCUGGUGAACGUAAGUUUCUUUUUUUAUUGUUACAUACUCUUACCUAAUAUAAUAGUAAUAAUAAUUUUUGUGUACUGUUCAUGCGAGAGCUAAACUGUGUUUGUAGUUGAUCAUGCAUAAAAUAUCCCAACCACCUCACCUGAUGAAGUUCUGAACCGUCACCAACAUAUUCACCGCUACUUAUGUUGUAAUCCUCCUUCAAUCCUAAUAUUACUCAUUCCGUAACUUCACCGUAUGCGGACAAUGCUUGGAAAACGUCUAUGAUCUAAUAAUAGCAAGCUACGACAUGCUUUCUACCUUUAAAGAUCACUUCUGACAAUCAUGAGAUAAUACACAACAAUCUUCUCUGCAGUAUACUUACGUUUAAUAGGAAAACGGGUAUAUCGUCUAUUAUCAACCUUCCUGGUGUUUAUAACUAUUAAUGAAACGCUUAUUCUGAACCCAUCUAUAAAAACGCCGGGACAUUCUCUCUUAAGUGACAAUAGCUGUUUCUGUCCAAUUGUUAUAUGUCACCAGUUAUCAAUUUCCGUAUAUCAAAUAUUAAGUUUAAUAAUUAAACCACUUCUCAUUAUUAAUUGACGUCAUAACCGUUUUGUUUUAUUUUUUGAAUUUGAUGAUAUAAAAAUUUGUAGAGCUUAACCAACUAUCAGGUGUAGCCGCAAUAUUGCGCUUCCCAAUACCUGAACCUGUGACAGAUGACGAGUCGAAUAGUUCCGAAGAUGACGAUAAUUAACUAAUUAGUUCUUCUACUUAACUUUGUACUCAAUGAAUUUUUUUCCAUAAGUAAACAUGUAUAUUGUGGUUUGUGUCUUUCUAUCAAUAUUAUUAUUGUGAUUUUCAUUUCCACUUGCCUCCUUUUUGACGUCCUCAUUCUUUGAGUUCGUUGUUAGUAUUAUUAUUUAUCUCCUUCACUCUUUAGUUGUCCUUUAUGCUGCCUUUACAUUGUUGCUGUGCUUAUAUAAUACCGUGCAACUUAAAAUCAGUAUCCAUUUGUGCCAAAUCCCAAGUUCUGUACUUUCAUUUGUCUCUCCUGUACAAAAUUAUAUUGAAGUGUU